AAUGUCUGAAGAAGAUGAAGUCAUAUGUGAACAAUGUUAAACUGUUCCAACAUAAUUUGUUAUAUUAGAUUGCGAACAUAAAUUUUGUUUAUAUUGCAUUUCACAUGCUAUUCAUAAAGAUGACAGUGGAGUACCUUGUCUAAAAUGUAAUGCUCCAACAGUUUUAGAUCAUGAAUCAUUAUAAGCAGUUCAAUAAACAAAAGAAUCAUAAUCAAAUGCUUCAAAGACUUAACCAAAUUACAAUGUUAAACCUUUUACAACAGAGAAGCGAUAAUAUGUUUAACCACUUUAAGAGGAUCUUACAAUAAAAGGUCAUCCUUGUUUAGAAAAAUUAAAUUUAGCAGUUGAAAGAAGUUUAGAUAAGAUUAGAAAUAUUCAAUUCGAUAAAUAAUAAGUAAAAGAUAAAUGUCAAACAUAAAAAAAUGAUAUAGACACAGAAUUUAAGGCAUUGCAUAUGUAUUUAGAUUCAAAAUAAGAAGAAUUUUAAAAUCAAUUAUCUAAUAUUGAAACUACAUAUUUGAAUGAACUUACAAAAGAUGAAGAAGUUUAGGUAAUCAUAUUAAAUAGUUUAAGUAAUUAGAUAUUGAAGAAAUGAGUAUAAUUAAGAAUGAAAUUAAAGCAAUUUUAAAAAAUUAGGAUAGUUAAGAUAUAUACACAUUUAAAUAAUUAGUAGCUACAGUAGAUGGAAUAGUAUAAGAUAAAUAAUUAUCAAUAAAGUAACUUGUAAAUAUAAAAAUUACUAUUUAAGAACUUAUUCAAGUAAAUGUAAGAUGAAUUGUAACAACUUUCUAAAAAACAAGCUCAAUUUUAUUAGGAUUUUAGAAGGUUCUUCAAUAUUUUAUAACCUUUAUAAAUAUCUCUAGUUCAAAAUUAUGCUAGUCCAAUAAAAAUAGAAUAUGGAAGUUCAAUCACAAGGUAUUUUGGAUUAUAAUAAUAAUUAGUGACAUUUAAGAUAAGAUUAGAGAAUUAAAGAACCGAAAUUCAAGAUCAAUGAAUACUUCUUAACUGAACAAUUCUAGAUCUUAGAAUUCUCCACCUAAAAAUACCUUUCUAAAUGAAGAAAUUAACAUCUCAAGAAAACUGAGUAGAGAUUAGAAUAAUGUUGUUUCACAAAGAAAAUUAGGAACUUCACCUAUGGAUGCAAAAACUGUAUUAUAAAGUUCAAUGAAACAUAAUAAUAAAUCAAAUUCAAAAUUUAACAAAAUUUUAAAUAGCCCCCUUACACUUGCAGGAUUUUCAUAUUUGACUUGAUU